AUGUCAGGCAAAGAGGGCAAAGGCUCGGCAAAAGGAUCCAGGGUCGGGGCCCAGACCUGCGGGGUACCUGGGGUCCCGGGGACUGACCCCCGAAUCCCACCACCGCAGUCAGCCUUUGGCGGGGACAUUUCGGAGCUCCUCCUCUGCCAGAACGAGGUCGACCUGGCUCUCAGGAACCUGCUCGCCCAGAUGAAGGGCGAGCCCGUGGCCAAGAACAUGCUCUCGCAGCUGGACUCGGCCUUCACCCGGAAGGAGCCCUUGGGCCCGGGGCUCGUCAUCGCCCCCUGGAACUACCCGUACCUAACCCUGGUGCCCCUGGUGGGCGCCCUGGCGGCGGGGAACUGCGCGCUGCUGAAGCCCUCGGAGAUCAGCAAGAGCACUGAGAAGGUCCUGGCCGAGGUGCUGCCCCGAUACCUGGACCAGAGCUGCUUUGCCGUGGUGCCGGGCGGGCCUGAGGAGACGGGGCAGCUGCUGGAGCACAAGUUCGGCUACAUCCUCUUCACGAGGGGCCCCCAAGUCGGCAAGAUCGUCAUGGCUGCUGCCGCCAAGCACCUGACGCCCGUCACGCUGGAGCUGGGGGGCAAGAACCCCUGCUACGUGGACGACAACUGCGACCCCCAGACCGUGGCCAACCGCGUGGCCUUCUUCCGCUAUUUCAACUCCGGCCAGACCUGCGUGGCCCCCGACUAUAUCCUGUGCAGCCCCGAAAUGCAGGCCCGACUGCUGCCCGCCCUGCAGAGUGCCAUCACCCGUUUCUACGGCGAAGACCCCCAGAGCUCCCCAGACCUGGGCCGCAUCAUCAGUGAGAGGAAUUUCCAGCGGCUCCGGGGCCUGCUGAGCUGUGGCCGCGUGGCCAUCGGGGGCCAGAGCGAUGAAAGCGAUCGCUACAUCGCUCCCACGGUGCUGGUGGACGUGCAGGAGACGGAGCCGGUGAUGCGGGAGGAGAUCUUCGGGCCCAUCCUGCCCAUCCUGAACGUGAGGAGCCUGGACGAGGCCAUCGACUUCAUCAGCCGUCGGGAGAAGCCCCUGGCCCUGUACACCUUCUCCAGCAGCAACCAGGUAGUGUACCAGGUGCUGCACCGGAUCAGCAGCGGCCCCUUUGGAGGCAAGGAGGGCUUCAUCUACCUGACUCUGCCGUCCCUGCCACUAGGGGGAGUCGACAACAGCAGAAUGGGCAGCUACCACAGCAACUUCUCCUUCGACACCUUCUCCCACCACCGCGCCUGCCUGCUCUCCCCCUCGGGCCUGGAGAAGCUCAAGGACAUCCGCUACUCGCCCUUUUCUGCCUGCAAACAGCAGCUGCUCAGCUGGGCCUUGGGCAACCAGCGCUGCAUCCUUCUGUGGGCACCCUGUCCAUCUCCAGUGCCCCAUCCCCAUGACCCCCCUGUCCUGCUGUUGCCCAGGUGCUCAGUGGCCCCCCAAAGGCCGGUGUCCUAUCCAGGAACACAAAGAUCCUGCUCCUGGGGCUUUGUCUGAACAGACCCCUGGCUGGGCAGGACCUCUGGGACACUGGCCCAGCCCCUUUCAGGGCCAAAGUCCC